GGAGGGCCUUCUCUCCCUCGCUACACAGGCCGUCUCGUUUCCCUCCUCUCCUCGUUCAACUUGUGAAAUUGCGGAAGAAUCUGAGAUACAUUUUUUCUGGUUUUCUUCAUAAUUAUUGAAGAAAAAGUGAAGAAGAUGGAUGGGUAUUUGCACUACGUUAAGACUUUGCGAUCUCAAAUCAACGACGUUGAGGAUCAAGCUGCCAAAAUCUCAGUUGAAGAGCAAAUGCGCAUCACCGCCAUUCACACACUCGAAACCGACCUUGUCUCAGCAAAAUCCCAGACAGGCCGGCUCAAAGAGGAAACCAAUCAGAUGGUGAAGGAAAAAAACCGGAUAUGCUCACAGAUCUUAGCAAAACAGAAAAGAAUUGCAACAUUGGAAUCCGAUUCAUCUACCCUUACCCAGACAUUGGAGCUUAUUCAACAAGAAAGAGUCAGCUUGUCUGCCAAAGUCAUUGAGAAAAGCACUUAUUAUAAUAAGGUUGCGGAGGCUAUAAAUGGCAAAUUACAAGAACAACAGGAUUGGAUCAAUACUCACAAACUUACCAUAGAAGCUGGAGACUGUAGCUUGAAUUUCAUGCAGGUCAAGGUUAAAAUUGAUGAGCAAACAGGUGAUACUGAAGGGAAUUUUAGCAUUGAGGAUCACCUAAUCAUAGACAGCCAGGGAUAUGAACCAAAUAAGCAACUACUGGCCAAGUUGGAGUCAGCUAAAGCUAAGCUUGAUAAUAUCAUACAAAUGAAACCCAAACUGGUUUUGGAGAAUAGCAAGAUGAAGGAGUCCAUUGAGCAAGAGAAGUGUCAGAUAAAUAAUUUUAAGUCUGAGCUUAGGGCAAUGGAUAUGAAGAACAUGGAAGAAGAAUACAAUGCUCUUUUAUCUGAUAAAGCGGGAGAAGCAGAGUAUUUGCACUCUCUGCAGGGCCAAAUUGAGAAGCUGAAGGGUCUUUCUCACAAGAUAAAAUGUGCCUGUGGAACUGAAUACAAGGUAGGACUGGAGCUAUGUGUAUAACAAACUCCAAAUGCUUGCAUGAUCUCAGACAACUUCAAAGGCUGGGAAAAAUCAAGCACUAGUAGAUUGGAAUCUGCUAAAUCAACUUAGGGAAUAUCAUUGAACAGGUAAAAUUUUUACACAUGCUCAAAAAAAUAAUAUAGAAUUCAGAGACAAUUAAAACAUAUUGUAGAGUGUGUUUGGGAAAACUGAUGAUAGGCUUGAUAAGGUCUUUCUCUGAUGCUAUACAAAUGCUGAUUGAAGUAAUACAUGCAUACAGUUACCUUUC